AUGGUGAAAUUAGCAAGUGCAAGAGAAAGCAGGUUGUACGGGCCAAGACUAUCAAGAAAUCGGGCAGAAUACAUGAAUGCUGGGCUUUACUUGUUUGCUACGGUUAUACUUUUAACGGGCUUUUUAGCCCAAUUCUCAAUGGAGCCUAGAUCUGGGCUUGUCCUUCUUUUAAUCGGGUAUUUUCUCAUCGCCGCCGUGAAUGUUCAUGAUCUGGUGGCUCACCUUGCCGGAAUUGAUUACCGGUUGCCGUUGAUGGAGUUUGAUGUUCAGCUUGGUCUUGUUGAGUUUGCUGUUCCUGUUGUUCAGAUUUUGGGGUCUCUUUUGUCCUUUUUGGGAAUCCUUUUUCUGUUAAUUCUGAAGUUAAAGAGUGUGGUGGUCGCUGAAUCGCCGCCCGUGGACCAGCCGCUGAUCGAGGAAGAUGUUAUCCCCUCUCCAUUGAAGCCAUCUGCUGCUUUGGGGGUCGAAAUCCAGGAUAUCACCGAGGUGGUGGAGGCGAUUGAAGCCGAUUUUGCUCCUGCCUCGGAUGUCCCUGAGGUAGCUGAGGAGAAGAAGGAGUCUGCUGAUCUUCCCUUCGAAAGAGAGAAGAGUCCAGACAAGGAGAUGGUAGAUCUCUCGGGCCCCGAAGCUGCGGUUCCCGAGGUUCAGAAAGAGGUUCCCUCUGCUGGAGAGGAGGAGCAGCCCGAGCAAGGUCUGACAAGGAAGAGGCGUCACUCGACUUUGGGUUCUACUUCCACCUCGGCCUUGGAUAGGAUGAUCCAUGCUGAUCCCUGUUCGGAAGCUGGGCAACUCCUCUCCGAGCUUACGGAAGUCAAGCAGCUAUACCUUCAGUAUAGUCGCGAGGCUAGAGAGUCUGCUGAGAAGAUCGGGGCCGAGGAGAUGAAGUCUAAAUUUGAAGCGGCCGAUAAGGAGAGUAAAGAGGCAGAGUUGAGGCUUUGCCAUUUUGUCAAGCAUCGGGAGCUGAUCCAGCAGCAAGCUGAUAAGGUGCCUGUCCUUCGGCUGAAGCUCCAGGAAAAGGACGACUACAUUCGGAAGUUAAAGCAAGAGCGAGUCGACCUCUACACUGCUGAUCAGUGUUUUGCGUUAACAGAAGAAAAAGGAAUUGGUUUCAAGUUAGAAAGGCAUGCCUUGAAUAUGCUAAUUGUUGGACCAGUUUUAUGGCUGAUAGGCUCGGUACACAAUUCUUGUCAAAUCUACGAAAGAGUCGAUGGUCAUAUUCAAAUAUUGCAAGAGAGUGUCACCAUUCCCUUUUUAUUAGGAAGCUUGUUGUUUGUGGUGGGUGCAAUUAUCAACACCCGUGAUCAAUCAAGUUGGAUUUACCAUGGGCUCUUGCUUCUUGGGAACACAUGGGUAUGGUUGGGAGUAUUCGGGAGCUUAUUAUUGUUCAUAGGAGGAUUAAUGAAUGUGGUGAAGGUGUUUAAGAUGCAACAAAUGAACGGACUACGUUUAGAGAAACUACGAGGAGGUGCUCAAGAAGGGUUGGUUCGAGUAAGAGAAGGUCGUGUUCCUCUAAUAACCGACGAAAGUCUUUCCACUCGUAGAUUUCAAGGGGCCGAGCCAAAGAAACCUAUCGCGGCUACCCCUUACAAAGAUGUUCUUGUUAGUAACACUUGAAGAGUUGAAGGAUUUAUAUAGGGGAGCUAGCAAUGUACGUAUAUGACACUUUCCCUAUUGAUGAAUUAUUGAUGAUUCGAAAUUGUAUCAAAUUAAGCCUAUUUCGAUUCACAAGUUUGUUAUGAUCAUGUGGGUUGGUUC